GCGACGCUCACGUGAUCGUCGGGGCGCAGAUGUGGGCACCAGUCUGGGAGCCCGCCCUCUUCCCCUGCGGUCGGAUCCGGAGCGGUCUGCAAGCUCCUAAUUGUUGCUCCAGGUUCUUUGAGGUCUGCGUGUCGGUUCUCAGCACUCUGGAAGGCUAGAAAAGGAGGAGGAAUCUGUUCAGAAUCCCUGCAGGACAGGAGAAGGAGAGGGAAAUCUCAACAUGGAAAAACUCUGCAGUGAAAAUGAUGGAAUGACUGAGAACGAAGAAAAGAUGGAAUACAAAGAACAGUCACAAGAUGCGGGAAAGCCGGAAGUAGCCUGUACUAUGGAAAACAAGGAAAAGUUAGAAAAAGAGACAAUGACAGAAGAUGAGGAAAUACUAAAGGAUAAAGAAAAGCCAGAGAGUAUGACAAAGCCAAAAGAUGGAAACCCGGAGAGCGAGGGAGAGCGGGAGAGCGAGGAAGAGCCGGAGAGCGAGAGCGAGGCAGAGCCGGAGAGCGAGGGAGAGCCGGAGAGCGAGGCAGAGCCGGAGAGCGAGGCAGUGCCGGUGAGCGAGGCAGUGCCAGUGAUGGAGGCAAUGCCGGUGAGCGAGGGAACGCUGGUGAGCGAGGGAACGCUGGAGAGGGAGGCAGUGCCCGUGAUGGAGGCAGUGCCGGUGAUGGAGGCAAUGCCGGUGAGCGAGGGAAAGCCGGAGAGCGAGGCAGAGCCGGUGACGGAGGCAAUGGCGGUGAGCGAGGGAAAGCCGGAGAGCGAGGCAGAGCCGGUGACAGAGGCAAUGGCGGUGAGCGAGGGAAAGCCGGAGAGCGAGGGAAAGCCGGGGAGCGAGGCAAUGCUGGAGAGCGAGGCAAUGCGGGUGAUGGAGACAAUGCCGGAGAGCGAGGGAAAGCCGGAGAGCGAGGCAAUGCCCGUGAUGGAGGCAAUGCCGGUGAGCGAGGCAAUGCCCGUGAUGGAGGCAGUGCCCAUGAUGGAGGCAAUGCCGGUGAGCGAGGCAAUGCCAGUGAUGGAGGCAGUGCCCAUGAUGGAGGCAAUGCCGGUGAGCGAGGCAAUGCCGGAGAGGGAGAGAAAGCCGGAGAGCGAGGCAAUGCCGGUGAGCAAGGGAAAGCCGGAAAGCGAGGGAAAGCAAGUGAACGAGGGAAAGCCAGAAGAAGGAGGAAAACCAGUAAGCGAGGGAAAGUCACAUGAAGAAGGAAAACCAGUGGGUGAGGGAAAGCCAAAAGAAGAAGGAAAACCAGUGGGUGAGGGAAAGCCAAAAGAAGAAGGAAAACCGGUGAAUGAGGGAAAACCAAAAGAAGGAAAAUCAGUGAGUGAGGGAAAGCCCAAAGAAGAAGCAAAACCAGUGAAUGAGGGAAAGCCAGUGAAUGAGGAGAAGCCAAAAGAAGAAAAGCCAGCCAUGGAACCAAGGGUUGCCGGAAAGCGCCCAGCUGGGGAUGAUGUACCCAGGAAGGCUAAAAGAAAAACCAACAAGGGGCUGGCUCAGUGUCUCAAGGAAUAUAAGGAGGCCAUACAUGAUAUGCAUUUGAGCAAUGAGGAGAUGAUAAGAGAAUUUGACGAGAUGGCCCGGGUAGAGGAUGAGGUGAAGAAAACCAGACAGAAAUUGGGGGGGUUUAUGUGGAUGCAAAAAAGUUUACAGGACCCCUUUCACCCGAGGGGCCCAAGGGAACUCAGGGGUGGAUGCAGGGCCCCACAGAGGGGCUUUGAAGACAUUCCUUUUGUGUAGUGCCCCUGGCAGGCAUUUGCCUAGGCCUUGUGCUUUAACCUUAUACUAAUACUUGCUUUAGCUAUCACUCUUGUACCUAACUGCAGCCUUCAAUGUUUCAGUAGCAGAUUUUUGUCCAUUGCAUGGAAAAAUGUUUAUGGCAUAUUGUAAAAUUAAAAAGAAAAAAGUUUGUUGAACCAUAUA